AUGAGACGGCAAGUACUGUUGAUUUUCUCGGUCCUGUGUCUCAGCUCAGUGCUCGGCCAGGUCAGCUACUCCAUUCCCGAGGAAAUGGCAAAGGGUUCCUUGGUCGGUAACAUAGCUCAGGAUUUAGGGUUGGAUGUUAAACGACUGCAAGCGGGCAAAGCUCGCAUCCACACAGGAGACAGUGCAGAAUACAUCCAGCUUAACAAGGAAAAAGGACUCCUCGUUAUCAAAGAGAGAAUAGAUCGCGAAGCUCUCUGUGGCCAGACAACGCCUUGCGCUUUGCAUUUUCAGAUUGCCUUAGAAAACCCAAUAGAAAUAUUCCCUGUGAAAGUAAUGAUCCAGGACCAGAACGACAACCCUCCUCAGGUUCUGUACCCAGUCCAGACUGGUGGCUCUCUGGUGGCUGAGAUGGUGCCUCGUUCAGCAGAUGUGGGCUAUCUGGUCACUAAAGUGGUGGCUGUUGAUGUGGACUCUGGACAGAAUGCCUGGCUCUCCUAUAAACUGCAGAAAGCCACAGACAGGGCGCUGUUUGAAGUGGGCUUACAGAAUGGAGAAAUAAGAACUAUCCGCCAAGUCACUGAUAAAGAUGCUGUGAAACAAAGACUGACUGUUAUAGUGGAGGACAACGGGCAGCCCUCUCGUUCAGCUACAGUCAUUGUUAACGUGGCGGUGGCGGACAGCUUCCCUGAAGUGCUGUCUGAGUUCACUGACUUUACACAAGACAAGGAGUACAAUGACAACCUGACUUUCUACUUAGUGUUGGCUUUGGCUGUAGUUUCCUUCCUCUUCAUCACGUGUUUAGUGGUUAUUAUAUCAGUGAAGAUCUACAGAUGGAGACAGUCUCGUGUCAUGUAUCACUCCAAUCUCCCUGUGAUUCCGUAUUAUCCACCACGUUACUCAGACACUUUGGGGACAGGGACUCUCCAACACGUGUACAACUACGAGGUGUGCAGGACGACUGACUCCAGAAAGAGUGACUGUAAGUUCGGCCAAGCCGGUAGUCAGAACGUGCUGAUAAUGGACCCCAGUUCUACAGGGACGAUGCAGCGGAUACAGAGUGAAAGGAGCAUCCUGGAUGAACCAGACUCUCCUCUAGAGAGAGAAUGGGCAGCCGCAGAUCGCAUUGCCUUCUGUGGAGGGACUGAUAUACACGACAAGGAGUAA